AUGGAUGGUGGUGCUGAUGGUGGCGCAUCUAGUGGGAGUGGUGGUGUGGAGAUCAGUGAUGAGCUUGAAAUCGAAGAAGGCUUUUGCUGUGGUGGUGCUGCUGCUGCUGAAAGUGUUGGUGGUGCUGGUGGUUGGGGUAGGGGUGGUGGUGGAACACUGAAAUUGGGUGGAAAAGGUACACGUGCCUGGAGUCCAGGUUUUCGGAGUUGGUGGCCGCCGGUCGCUACGAAUUUUGGUGAUGCAAGACUCGGCUGGGGGGCAGGAGGAGCAGCAGAGGUGCUGGAGGAGUACGGGAAAGCACCGAUAAGGGAUCGUGGGGCUGAGCAAGAGGAGGAAGUUUGCGGUGGCAUAGGUGGAAUCGUCACACUGGUAGCUGGGGAUCGGCGGCUACUCAACUUUUGGCCAUCUUUCGAAUCCGAUGUACCCGUGAUGCUGCCUGUAUUUCGAGUUAGCGUAAAUGAUUCUGUGAGAGCUGCUGCCACAGUUUUCGAUGCCGUUGUCGCUGUAGUCGUGGCGAAUGGACUUGCUGCUGAUGAUGGUGUUAUUCCAAUAUUUGUCGCUGAACAGGAUGAUGAUGAUCCACCACUUCGUGCUUUUAUA